GUCCUAUGCAUGUGACUGACUGGAUAUGCUCGUGGACACACUUAACCGACACACUUAUCCAAAAGACAGACGCAGACACACACACAUCUUCAAACAGUGGGAAAGAAAACAUAGCAUCUUACAAACCACCUGACAGGAGGGAAUAUUGUGCAACUGGAUCUGCCCAUCCUUCACUUUCCCUCUGAUGUAAACUGAGUGGACUGGGCCUGGACUGAACCACUAAAAGGAUCUCCUCUGUUUUGUUCUCUCUCCCUUUAAAAUUUGAUAUUUUUCUUACCUCUCCGGCAGACUUAGCCAUCAAUGAGUGUGACCAACUCCUCUGCAUACCGAUCAGAGCGCAGUUUCCAGCAGACCUCUUCAUCCAACAACCCAUACAUGGAGAAGAGCAGGGGGCUCUUUGCAGAAGACUUUGGCUCUUUCAUGCAUCCUGAAACGGAUGUCUUGGGAUUUCCCAGUCGGACGUGGACAGCAGGGAAGAUCAAACCAAUGGGAGACAGCUACCAGUUCACAGUGGACGUCCAAGACUUCUCUCCAGAGGACGUCAUCGUCACCACCUCCAACAACCAGAUCGAAGUCCAUGCAGAAAAGUUGGCGGCGGACGGUACAGUGAUGAACACUUUUACCCACAAGUGCCAGCUGCCUGAGGAUGUGGACCCCACCUCUGUGACAUCAUCAUUGGGUGCAGAGGGAACGCUCACAGUUAAGGCCCGCAGACACCCAUCCAAGCAUGAGCUCACACAGACCUUCCGCACUGAGAUCAAGAUCUAAGAAGACAGACUGGACUCUCUCAUGACCUCUGCUCCCUCGCUGCCUGCAAUUUGUAAUGCUACAGUAUAUACUGUCUUUACUAUUAUACCUGUCCAUUCUGGAUUUUUUUUUACGUAUGUCUUCCUCUUCUGCCAUACCACCUCCUCCCAUAUAGCUGCCUUGAAUUGACAAUAGUUACCCUACUUUGUUCUUAUGUUUUCCCACAGUUAUCACACAUAGGGUUGAAAAAUUCCUGGAACUUUCAAUAAACUCUCUGGUUUUCCAGAAAACCUGGUUGGACGAUUCCGGAUUUCCUGCUCACUCCCUCCUGUUCUGGGAAUCGUCCAACCGUUUAUUUCGGGAAAACCAGGGAAUUUAUGGAAAAUUCCAGGAAUUUUGCUACCGUAAUCACACAUCACCUCCAUGUGUGUGCACACCCUAUCCCAUCCAUCAAUAAAGUAUUGCUUCUUUCUUCUACUGAACUCUACAGUACUGCUACCAUACCAGUAUUGUACAUUGUAAUAGUUUUGUGAGUAGUUGAUUGAUAAAUGAUUUCCUAUUUUGAGAAUAUAAACUGUUGUGUACAUCAA